AUGUUUAACUUACAAACAGGACCGAAAGAAGUAUUUCCAUAUAACUACUACAGCAGUGUUUUGUUAGCAAAUGACAACAGAACUGGUGUCAUUUCUGAAGCGUGUAAGUUUGUAAAAGAUAUUGAAACGUUCAUGAAAAACAUAGAUUCCAUCAAAGGUUGCAGAAUAGAUGAAAACCACUUCGACUUAGAAAAAUAUAGCUCAUUUUAUUGCAAACAAGAUGUAAGAAUUUUAAGAGAAGGUUUUGUUAAGUUCCGCAAUGACAUAUUGAAAGAGUUUGAUUUAAACGUUUAUGACUACGUUAGUAUUUGUUCAAUUGCUAACAAAUUAUUUGAGAACAGAGUAUACUUCCCGAAUGGAAAUCUUUAUGACCUCUCAAAUAAACCAAGAGAAUUUAUUUCGAGAUGCAUUCAAGGUGGAAGAUGUAUGCUGUCAGAUAACAUUAAACAAAAGAGCGAAAAGAAACUCAUUGCUGACUUCGACGCUGUUUCAUUAUAUCCAUCAGCUAUAGCAAGACUCUAUACUUUAGAAGGUAUACCGAAAGUAUUGAAGAAAGAAAUGUUAAGCACAGAGUAUCUCAUGAGACAUUUAUUCGAUGACGACCAAAAGGAACCCAUUGGUGAAAAGUUUAUGUCUGGCUUCUUUGUUCUCAUUAAGAUAACAGAGAUUGGAAUACAUAGACACUUUCCUUUAAUAGUUUGUGACCCUGAACUAAAUCCAGAACUUAACGUUCCCAGAAGUUCAAACACUUGCUGUUUAAUGUAUGUUGACCAUAUAACAUUACAAGACCUCAUAAAAUAUCAAGGUGUCAAAUGUGAAGUGUUGCAAGGAUACUAUUACGAUGGAAACAGAGAUAUUAGAAUAAGAGAUGAAGUAAAGAAGUUGUUUGAGUUAAGGUUAAAGUAUAAGAAAGAAGGAAAUCCUUUGCAAGAAAAUAUAAAGCUCAUUCUGAACAGUAUUUAUGGCAAAACUAUUCUAUCUCCUAUUGAGUCAAAAAUAACCAUAGUAGAUGACAAAGAUGCUAUAAGAUAUGCUAUAAGAAAUUACAACCAUAUAGUGAAGUUCGAAGGUUUGGAUGGUUCAGAUAAAACUAUUUUCAAGCUAACGAAAAGCAUUUGCAGACACUUUAACUUCUGUCCACUUGGUGUUAACAUUCUAUCUAUGUCGAAGAGAAUAAU